AUGUGUUUGGGCGCGGUCUUUGUGCUCCUCGUGAUAACCCGCGACCCGCUAGCGGAGGUGGCGAUGGUGUUGUCUCUUGACACGUCGUGCUUUGUGGCUUGCUCUCGAAUUUUUCGUGGUCAGAGCCCGCUCGCGGCCACGAGCAGGCCCUUUGGAUGCAAGGAUCAAUGCCGAGGAUGA